AUGACUGAUGCAAAGCUAGACGUUCAGAUGACUACAUUAGGUUUUCAUCUUUCUUUAUAUGACUAUCUUAAGACAGCAGAAGAAAAAGAGUAUAUGAGUAAGGUUCCAUAUGCUUCGACAAUUGAAAGCCUUAUGUAUGUGAUGCUUUGCACACGUCUAGAUAUCUGUUUUGCAGUAGGAAUGGUUAGUCGAUAUCAGACGAAUCCAGGUCUCAGGCAUUGGCAAGUUGUAAAGCAUAUAUUUAGGUAUAUUAAAAGAACCAAGGAUUAUAUGCUUGUGUAUUCUAGGGAGGACCUUACUGCUGUUGGAUACAUAGACUCAGACUUCCAAACCUAUAAAGAUUCGAGGAAAUCGAUGUCGAGAAAUGUUUUCGUUCUAGGCCGUAUAACCAUAGUAUGGAGAAAUGUAAAACAAACUUUCACUGUUGAAUCUAAUAUGGAUGUUGAGUAUAUGGCUGCUUCUGAGGAAAUGGAAGAAGCAAUAUAG